AUCGCAUUUAUAUUAGCGAAGUACGUUUCACAUACUCGGUCGUUCGCAGGACGUGGAGUUUUUGCGGUGGAUGCAUUGGAAAAGGGUGACUUUGUGGCCGAGUACCGCGGUCAACUAAUAAACGGAGCUGAAAGCGAGAGGAGGAGGCGAGUGUACCAUCCUGCCGCUGCUGUCUUUCUUUUCGACUUUAAAUGGAAUAGGAAAAGCUGGUGCAUUGAUGGAGCCAAAGAUGAUGGCUCUGUUGGAAGAAUGAUAAAUGACAACCACAAAAGUCCAAACUGCAAAAUCAAGAAACUGGCAGUAGAUGGAAUGCCACACCUCUGCCUGUUUGCUUUAAGAGAUAUUCUUCCUGGUGAAGAAAUCACAUACAGCUAUGGAGAUGGACCAUGGCCUUGGAGAAAACAGGGAAAAGAAAAAGCCACUAUUGUGUCAUCACCAUUACAGACAAAUGACAAGGGCACUGGGGAAAGGGAUGUUGCCCAAAGCCAGAUCUUGGCUCAACAGCCUACACUGGCACAAGUAAAAGGCACUCUUGCUAUUGAUGAACAGAACCCUGAUGGAAGAGAGAAGACCCUCAGUCAUAGCUUAGCUGAAAAGACUUCUGAACCUCAAGAGAAAGAAGCAGUUAUUACUAAUGAGCAGACUGAAGACAACAGUGGAUCUGACACUGAACCAGUUUCUUUAGAAAAGAGAGAGCUUGACUGUACUGUGCCAAAACUUAAGCGCUCUGACAGUGUUAUUGUGAGCGAGGAGAUGCUUCAAAACUGUUCUGAGUCAUCAGAUUCCAGUAUGAACCACAGCGAUGAUGACUACAUUCCUAAGUCAUCAGAAGAGAGUAGUCCAGACUGCAGUAGUGACUGCUUAUCAGCACACAUGAAUGACAAAAUAGAUAAAGAUGAGAAAUCCUCUGCGUCAUGUUCCACGUGUGAUAGAACUGUACCUGAUUCCAGUGUUUCAGACUCUGAAAUUAAAGAAUAUGAUCCAGUAUCUGUAAAGGCAGUUUCUGUAAAAACCGGUGGAAGAAGAGUAUAUGACAAAAAACAUUUUUGCCUUUUCUGUGAAAAAGUAGUGAUUGAAAAUGAAACAUCAGAAAGUGAGGAAGAAUUGAGUGAUCAUGAAGGUGAUGCAGAAAUGCAAGUAAAGCAGAUGAAACGAGCACAUGGCGAAGUUCAGGAAACAAAAGUUAACAGUGUUUGCCAAGGUCGUAAACGAGUGAAGAGGACAAUGUGGAAAGAAGAAGAAAGAAGAGCAGUGGAAAAACAUUUGGCCAAAUUUAUAAAUAUAUGUAAAGUGCCAGGAAAGAGAGAGUGUGAGGCCUGCAUCCAAAAUGAACCACAAGCUCUCAAAAAUAGAGAUUGGCUGGGUGUGAAAUUCUAUAUAAAAAACCGAAUUACCUCACUGAAGAGAAAGGUUUAAAACAAGUGUUUCCAUUAUCAAUGCUGUUCAUUUAAAGUUUAGUUAUGGGAAAUAAUUUAAUCAGUUUACAUUAGGUCUUUUCAUGGUAUUUGAAAGCAACAGUUCCACAAAGCCAGUUACUUGUUUGCUCUUUAAUAAUUUGUAUUUCAUACGUUUAUAUGCACUUACAUAAAGAUAUACACACGGUUAUUUACAGGCUAUUUCAAUCAAGGACAGUGACUCUAACUUGUGUGGUGCCACCAGGAGACUUGGGCCUUGGUAGCUUUACUCAGGGUAGAAAGCACUGGUGUUGGGUUACUGAUUUAAAAGAAUUACCAGUAGUGAAUCAGAGUAAUUAUUUCAUACUGCAAACUUAUAAUACAGAAAACCUGCAAUAUUUACUGAUUCCGUACACAUUAAUUUUAAAUUAAAUUGCUUCUUCAUAACAUACAAUUUGAUCACACGUUUACAAAUAUUGCAGUACUCAUUAAUUCAGAUCAAUUACAAAUAUAUUUGAGCAAUUACAGCUGAAGCUAAGAUGUCUUGAAAUAGUGAAAUCUAAAUAUUUCUGGAUCAAGCAAGUGUCAAAUAUCUGAAAUGGGAGGUAAUUCCAAAACAAAUUAGCUUCAAGGUCAUCGUGCUGUUUUACACUUAGAUUUGGCUUUGUUAUGAUGACAUUGUUUUAGGUUCAGUUAUGUAUGUUUAUUGCAUAUUUAGUAUAAUGUGAGCAAUGUUCUGGCUGAAAGAAUAUUGUGAACUUGAGUCUGGGUGCUCAGUUUUAAUAUUUGUUACUAAGAGGUGAUGUAACUCAAAUAUAAUGUGUACAGAAGCCAGUAAAUAUUGUAAUUUUUAAUAUUCAUCAGUUGCUUUUUUGCUUACAUUGAUAAAUGAACGUUUAAUUAGAUGCUUUGGAUUAAUGUUUUAAUUACUUUUUCAUAAUUAGUACACUGGAGUUGUCAAUGUAGAGAUGUUUCACAAUGGAAUACUGUAUGCAUGGAAGGCUAUUCUUCAAAGCCAAGUAGUAACAGUGAACCUUAGCCAGGAUGAAGGUGCAUUUUUAUUUUUCUCA